CCGCAACGCAUAGUGCGGCGUGAUCGGUGUCAUUACAACGAACGAGGAACAUAUUGUACUUUCGUGCGCGAAGAAUUUCCAGUGUAUUUGGGCCUACAUAGCGACACGGAAGAUGUCGAGUACAGAGGAAUGUAAACUGAAGGGCGGUCAUCCUCCAGCAGUGAAAGCAGGAGGAAUGAGGAUUACUCAACACAAAACACCAAAGGAGGAUCGAGACGUGAAGCCAAGCAAGGACAUCGAGGAGAGCAGGCCUUCUAGCAGCCCACCGAAGACCAUGAUGAUCAGUGGUGUCCCCGCAAAGGGAAACGCAGAUUUUCCGCCGGAGGCUGUACAACAUUUUCACGAAAAACCAACGCCGACGCACGAUGCUCGGCCAGCUCACUGUUCGCGUCCGAUUAUCAUUCAACAACCCAGGAAGUGAAAUUCUAGCGUAUUUCGCGCUAUUGUUUUUGGGACCACAGAGCGCAUUUCUACGGUCCGAAUAUUUUAAAUAAACGACGGUAUCUUGAGGAUCUUGCGCGAAUUAAUUCGUUUGUUUCCUCGAUAUACUUUCGUUAAAGAUCUUUAAAAAAAAAAAAAAAAAAAAAAUUCUACUCGUUAUAAGCGAAAUACUACUACUUGUUUCGCAUUGAUAUCCUUUAAAUCAUAAAAAGAAAAGAAGAAAAAAAGAUAUAUAAUAACGAUAAUAAUUAUAAUUAAGAUAUCAUCACGUUAUAAUUAAUUUUAAUUGUGUAUGCGUUGAGGGAAAUUGGAGUAAUGUUUGGGGACAGUUUGUAUAACUUGAAAGGGAAAUAAAAUAUGCGUGUGCGCAGGGA